AUGACAAUACAAGUUACUGAUAAUAGAAAGAAAAAGCCUGGACCGAAAAUUUUCGGGAAAAAUUGCACCUUUCCCAACAUGGACACAGCCGUGUUCACCUGCUGGCUUCUUUUCCUACUGUUUCCCCCCGUGGUCCCCACGUGUCUGCCCACCGACUACACCCUGUUUGUGGAGAGGCCGGGAUGUGACUACUGCGUGGCCAUCAACACCACCAUCUGCAUGGGAUUUUGCUACUCCAGGGACAGCAACAUGAGGGGCAUUCUGGGCCCGCGCUUCCUGGUCCAGAGGGGCUGCACCUAUGAGAGGGUGGAGUACCGCACGGCCGUCCUGCCGGGCUGUUUGUCUGACCCCGGCCCCGUCUUCACCUACCCGGCGGCCCUCAGCUGCCGCUGCGGCGCCUGCAGGACGGAGAGCGACGAGUGCACGCACAGGUCCAGUUCCGACGGGGCCGUGUGCACCAAACCGGUCAGGCCCGUCCACCCCUACCCUGACCGGAGCGGCUACAUGACACCGUUUUGAUUUUAUGCUGUCUGUUCGUGCACCCGGAAAAAAAAAAAAAAAAAAAGCCCAGAUACACUCUUUUUUUUAGCACAGAGAUAGAGGCCUUUGCGCCGCUUUAUUUCCGUGUGCAUUUGUCACCCUAACUGUCUGUCUGGCUGCUCUGCUCCACGCCGUACAAUGGCUGUGAUCCCAGUGCGUGUUUUUUUUUUGUCAGCAUCGAUAUAUAUCCUUUUGUUCACUCAUGUGAGUGUGACUCCCAGGCUUUUUAUGUUUACCCUGAAUGGAAUUCUCUGAAUGCAACCUCAAUUAAAGCUAAGGCCUCCGAAAUAGCUUCUGCCCUGCCUGAGCCGUGCUUGACUUAAUCUCAUCCUGUGUCUGACCGUCACCUUCUGUUUACUAAACAGCCCCAAAGCCGUCUUACUCCCCCAGUGUCACCGAACACUAUAUUUACCUCGAGAGUCACACUGGAAAACUUGUGAUUGUUGACACAACCCUUCUCUUAAACUGUGCUUAUCGGGGAUGACGCUGAACCGGAAAGAUUCGGAGCUCCCAAUGCAGCCAGCUGACCAAACACCCGGGUGUACAGUGUCAAGUUUGUUAACCGUGACUCGGAACCAUCCCGAGCUGCCGUUAUGCGAAUAGUUCCUGCUCACACGUGGAAUUUUAGGAGACAGCUGGAGAGUAUUAAUAGCUCAGAGGUUCAGAGAGGGUUCAGAGGGGUUGAUAAAUCUAUCUCGUGAGUCAGUGUGACACUGCUCCCUUAUCAUCCUAUAAUGUAAUCAGUCUCCGCUUACCGCACACCAUUUGUCUGUGUUAGUCUUAGUUGUUGCUUUUUUUUUAUCCUUAGAUUACAAAUUCAAAAUAUUUUUGAUCGAACAUGACGUAACAAACGCAUUAAGUCACCUCUGAGUGAGCAGAAGGUCUCAUCUAGAGGUCGUCAUGGAGAUUCUCUCCUGCAUUUGUUAACACUCAAAAGUUAAAAACUUUCCAGCAGCCAUCUUGCCCGUUGUGUUUUGGGGAUAGAGAUGCCACGGAUCUGGUCCACUUGGCUCCAUGGGGGUAAAAUAUGGGUGUAAAACUGGUUUGGAAAGUGCUGUCGUAAAUAAACCUUUUUUUUUUCUGACCCAUUAUAUCUUUGACCGUGCUCAGAGUGUGGUAACCUGAUACUUCACCCCGCAUUGCAGUCCUCUGAUGUUACUGAACACAACCAAGUUCCCCCCUCUGCGUCUAUGUAAGAAACAUUGUAUUCUAUUUUUUAACUGCUCUUGCAUAAUUUUUUUUAAAGGUACGGUUCAGCCACAAAGCCACAUGCUUUGUAGCUGAAAUGAUCGAUUACCGUGCAAAUGUAAUAUUCACAUUAUUUGAUCUGAUAUAACUCUAAAAUCAUAAAGCAUGACGGGCCACAAAUUGCUCAGCUAAAGUAACGUUUUAAAAACUGUUAUACCCAGACGGAUGAAGCAGAGGAUGAGGUGGAAUUUGCCUCCCUCAGCAUUCCAUGUGAAGCAGCGAUGAGUAGCACAUACCGCGCACUCUUUCAUUCAGACAAACUAUACGGUUUUGUUUGUGUUGUGUUUAUUCAACUUGAAAAAAUGUGAGGGAUUUCUGUUUUGUUUUUUGUUUUGUUUUUUUAGCAAUCGUAGCAGUCUGGCGGAAAGGCAUUGUUGAUCUUUUGGUUUGGCAGAAAUUAUAUUGAUGAAACAUAAGCUCUC